AUGGCUCCCUCUGAUAGUAAUAAUGAAACUCUGAACGGUGUUCCAAAUUCUCUACAUGGAGAUGAAGUGGUUAUCAGUGGUAUUUCGGGCAUUUUCCCGAAUUCUGAUAGUGUUGUGGAGUUCAUGAACAAUCUUUAUAAUAAGGUUGAUAUGGUCACCAACGAAGAACCCAAAUGGAUACGUAAUGAUCCAGAUAUUCCUAAACACGUAGGUAAAAUAAAAGGAAUGGAUAAGUUUGAUUCACAAUUCUUUGGAGUCACAUAUCAUUUGGCAUGCGUUUUGGAACCAAUGGGAAGGAAACUUCUAGAACAUACAUAUGGAGCUAUUUUUGAUUCAGGUACAAGCCCUCAAUCUAUUAGAGGUAAAAAAGUUGGAGUCUUCAUUGGAUCAUCGUUUACCGACAAUAGUAAUUUGUCUUUCUUCGCCAUCAAAAAGCGCAACGAUUUUGUCGUUAAUGGUGGCAGCAAAUCUAUGUUAGCUAAUAGAAUUUCUUACUGGAUCGAUGGCAAAGGACCUUCAUAUACAUUAGAUCAUUCUGAUACCAGCUCAACAGCUUGUUUAGAAGUGGCUUAUCAAUCUAUCAAAUCAGGAGAAUGUGACGCAGCCAUAGUUGGAGGAUGUAAUUAUAUACUUCAUCCCACUUUGUCCUUGAACAUGAGAAGAUGUGGCCUAUUGUGUUUGGAUGGCAAGACAAAGUGUUUUGAUAAAAAUGCUGAUGGAUACGUGAGGGCUGAUGCUGUAAAUGUUAUCUUUUUACAGAGAGCUAGAGAUGCGCAUAGAGUAUAUGCGGAAAUAUAUCACGUUAAAGGUAGCUACAAAAUGAAACCCGAUGCACAUUUCUUGGCAACGCGAGAACCUAAAGACAUUGAAGAAUUUUUAAGAGAAGUUUAUUCAAGAAUUGAUGUGGAUCCUAAUAAAGUUGAAUAUGUCGAAGCUGAUGGCGCAGCGACAGCAAAAGCAGAUGAAAGUGAAUUAAAAGCGAUAUCUAAUAUUUUCGCAAAAGAUGGGUCUGUUAAAGUUGGAAGUGUUAAGUCUAAUAUGGGUAACAGUGAACCUGCUUCGGGAAUAUGCUCAAUUACAAAGCUCUGUCUUGCGUAUCACAAAGGGAAAUUACCUGCAAAUUUGCACUAUAACGACCCUCAGGAUCAUAUUCCUGCCAUCCGUAACGGGAGAAUUCAAGUAGUAUCAGAACACACAGGAUUUGAUAGAGAAUUUACGGCGGUGAAUAACUUUUCUUACACUGGAGCUCAAUAUCAUGUCGUUUUGAAGGGGCAUUAUAAACAAAAGAACUUACAAAAAUACAAGUGCAAUAUUCCUUACCUUGUUCUUGCGUCUGGAAGACAAGAAACUUGUGUACAAAAAAUUAUUGAUAUGGUGAAAAGUCAUCCUAUAGAUCCUGAAGAAAUAGGGCUUCUUCAUAAAGUGUUUGAACAUGAAAUUCGAAGUCACACUGGACGAGGUUAUAUGUUGCUAGAUACUGAUGUACAGCAAAAUACAGUAUGUCUGUCCGAAAGUCUAGAAUAUUAUCCUGGAAUCAAAAGACCACUGUGGUUCGUAUUCAGUGGUAUGGGAUCACAAUGGCCAACAAUGGGAGCUGAUCUGAUGAGGAUACCUUCUUUUGCUGCCUCUAUUUACAAGUGCCACAAAGUGUUGGAACCGAAAGGAGUAGAUCUUAUCAAAAUAAUGACAGAUCCAGAUAAAUCUAUAUUUGAAAAUGACAUUUCCAAUGCUUUCGUUGGUAUCAGUGCCAUGCAACUGGCAUUUACCGAUUUGAUGAAAAAAAUGGGUAUUGUUCCUGAUUCAAUAAUUGGACACAGUUUAGGAGAAAUAGGAUGUGCAUAUCAUGAUGAUACAUUCACGGCUGAAGAGAUGAUUUUAGCAACAUAUUGUCGUUCACAAGCCAUCAAAGAAAAUCUACAAAUAGAAGGUUUGAUGGUUGCAGUAGGUUUGGGUUAUAAACAGAUGUUAGAUAUAUGCCCACCAGAGAUUGAUAUUGCUUGUCAUAAUAGUUCGGAAUCAACAACUCUAUCAGGGCCAGCUGAUAUAAUGAGGAAGUUUAUGAAGGAUCUGAAUGAUCGUGGCAUUUUCGCAAGAGAGGUUCCAAGUGGUGGUAUCGCAUAUCAUUCUCGGUAUAUUGCUCACUGUGGAUCUGAGUUCCUCAGGAGGUUAAAUAAAAUAAUCAAAAAUCCAAAGAAACGUAGCAGUAAGUGGAUAUCAACAUCUGUACCUCAAGAACGAUGGAACGAGCCCGCUGCAAUGUAUUCAUCGGCUGAAUAUCACAGUAACAACAUGUUGAAUCCAGUACUGUUUGAAGAAAUGACAAACCUUAUCCCAGACAAUGCUGUAGUAGUGGAAAUAGCUCCUCACGGUUUAUUGCAAGCGAUCUUGAAGAGAUCGCAUAAAAACUGUACACAUAUACCUCUUACUAAGCGAGGUAGUCCAAAUGGAGUGCAAUUUUUCCUGGAGGCAAUUGGCAAAAUAUAUGAAGCUGGCAUAAAUCCUAAAGUAGAUGUUUUAUAUCCCAAAAUAGAAUUCCCCGUCUCAACAGAAACAACUCUUUUAUCUCACUAUAUCGAGUGGGAACAUAGUGAACCUUGGCCGGAAUUCUCGUUCCUAGAAAAAGAUGAAAUAAAGACGACGGCCUCUCGCAACUUUGUUAUGUCCAUUCACGACGAUGAUUACAAAUUCUUGGAAGGAUACGCUAGAGAUGGUGUCAACGUGCUCCCAGAGUCUGCAAUCCUUGUACUGGUUUGGGAAACUCUAUCUAUGCAUAUUGGAGUAAAAUACCAGAGUCAGUCGGUAGUGUUCAAAGAUAUCCAGUUUCAUGGUGAGGUGACCAUUAACCCUGAUAUACCCUUCAAGCUAUCAAUUGCUAUUAGCAGAGGAAAUAAUAACUUUGAGGUUAUCCAAGGUGAUACCCAGAUUGCAAGUGGAGUUGUGAGUACGGUAAAAGUAUUAAAAUUCUACCAGGAUGUUGAAAAAUCAAAAAAAGAAAUCAAUUUUGAGGAAGAGUUUAUCCUAUUAGACUUAGAUGAUGUAUAUAAAAUUUUGGAGUCAAGAGGAUAUUCCUAUAAGGGUAAAUGUAAAGGAAUUCAUCAAUCAAAUCUAGAUCUUAAUGCAGCUUAUAUUGAAUGGAAUAAAGAUUGGGUCACUUUCUUAGAAUCUUUGAUUCAAUUAAAUAUUGUUGCACACGACUACAAUGGUAUUUCUGUACCUAAAUUUAUCAGGAAGUUGAGAAUAAGCGUUUUGGAACAAGACAUAUCAAAAACUGAAGAAGUGAAUGGAGUUAAUUGUUUAUAUGCCGAGUUUAAUAAAAAUAGUGGGAUUACGAGGUGCGCCGGUGUGGAAAUAGAUAAUUUGAGAUUCACAGACAAACCACUAGUUGAAAGACAGCCGGACGUAUUGUUGUCCAGAUCAUUUUAUCCUCAUUACUCUAUGAACAAAGUUGACAUAAAAACAGCCUUACACAUAAAUCUCCAAAUAGUGGCAGAAAACAUAACAAUGAAUGAAAUUAGAGUGACGCAAAUAGUCACUUCAAAUAAUAAUAUUAACUGUAUCAUCAAAGAAAUAUCUCAAAAUAUUCCAAAUGUUAACAUUAAUGUUGUUUCUGAGUUAAACGUCAGCGAAGAUUACGAAGCUCUGCUAUCACGAAAUAUGGAUACACAAAAAGCUAACGUAUUUAUCCUUGAAAACCUUUUAGAUAAUGAAAUAAAAUUAAAGAACCUGCGAAACAUCCCAAACGAUUGUUUUAUUUUAGCACUGGAAACGGGAGUGCCUAAAAUUCAGGGUCUUGCAAAACAACACUUUGAUGUUGCGAGUGCUAUGUCUGACGGAAAACAAAUAAUAAUGUUAUUGAGAAGGCAGAAUUUCAAGGAUGUGACGUACGUUCGCGUCAAUUGUGAUAAUAAAUUGGAUUGGGUAUCGCGCGUAUAUGAUGAGCUUAAUAAAACGAAGCGCGUGGUGUUGCUCUCCGAGAGGCAGCCAUAUUGUGGAGCUUUAGGUUUAGUUAGGAAAUUAAGAUUAGAAGGAGAAGAUAGAGUAGCCCUAGUAUCAAUUGGUGACUUCAAUGCGCCGGCUUUUCAUCCCGAACACGGUCUGUUCAAGGAACAGCUCGAAAAGAGUCUCGCUGUAAAUGUCCUGCAAAAGGGUGAAUGGGGUGGAUUCUACUACAUGCCUGUUUCAACAAGGACGAAACUUCGAAAUGCUACUCUAACGAGUACUGCACCAGGUGAUUUAGAUAGCUUGACCUGGACUGAAGCCCCCACUGUUCCUUCAAGUAAACAUCUAGUUCAGGUGUCAUAUGGUGGGAUUUCACUAAGAGAUGUGAAAAAAGCUUUAAGUAUUCAUAAUACCGAAGAAAUGUCCUUCGGAAUGGAUUUUAGCGGUAUUGAUAGCGACGGUGAAAGGGUGAUGGGAAUAAUACCAAGUGGUACUCUAAGUAGUACAAUAGAAGCUGACCCGAAUUUGAUAUGGCCAGUACCAGAACAUUGGACUCUGCAGGAUGCAGCUACUGUGCCACUCCCAUACGCCAUGGCAUAUUAUUGUAUGUCAAUUUUAGGAUUGUUGUUUAAAGAUCAAACUGUGUUAGUGACCGGUGGAGCAGGAGCUCUUGGUCAAGCUAUUAUAUCGCUAUGUCUCUCAAUUGGGUGUACUAUAUAUGUCACUGUAAGUAACGAAUAUAAGAAGAAAAUGCUCCUCAGUAUUUUCCCUCAGCUUGACGAGAAUAAAAUCGGUCAGUCUCGUAAUGAUUCAUUCUUGAACCUGAUUAAAACUCAAACUAAAGGAAAUGGCUGCGAUAUUGUUAUCAACAGUGCCAGUGGACCUCUACGAGAGCUGGCUAUGAAAUGCGUUGGAUGUCAAGGAUACUUCCUGGAUUUGAGUUCUCAUGACAUGAGCGAGAACAAAAACAUUGGCAUGAGUUUCUUGACAGAAGAUAGAUCCUACAAAGCCGUAGAUUUCUCAAAUAUUUUUAGACCUGAGAACGCUAAUAACAAACAGGUCAUACAAAGCAUGUUAAGCGAAGGCAUAGCCAGAGGUAUCGUGAAACCAAUCAGCCGUGUUGAAUAUUUACCUACUGCUACCUCAAGAGCAUUCAGACUUCUAUCUUCAAGCAAACACGUGGGGAAAGUUUUGAUUAAGAUGAGGAGUCCUGAGAUAAUGAGCCAAGGACUUGAGGUUAUACCAAGAAUGAACUACUGUUCAAAAGGAGUCUACAUAGUCAUAUGUGACGACAAUGGACUAGCCAUAGAACUGGCUACCAGAUUAAUCAAAAGAGGUGUUAGAAAAAUAAUUCUACACAUGCAGUCUAAAGUCAGUGGAUAUCUGCAAACAAAAUUAGUAUCUUGGCAGAAAUACGGUGUGUCGAUAAAAAUAUCUUCCAACAAUAUCCAAACUGAGGAUGGUUGCACAAAACUUGUAAAGGAAGCCGCAAGAAUUGGAUCCGUCAAAGGAAUUUUUAUAGUUCAGGUUCCAGAGAACGAUGAGAAUGCACAUGACUUUGUUCAGAAGUUCAAUAAAGCGAUUGCGGUUAUAAAUUUGGACCUGGUUUCUAGAAAUUAUUGCAAUGAGUUAAGCCAUUUUGUGGUACUCACAACAUCGUCACGUCAUGCUAGUGAAGAGUUUGCGAUGUCUGUAUCAGAGAAUGUGUGUCAAGCCAGAUCGGUAUUAGGUGCACCAGCUUUGUUUAUACGAGCAGAAGGUCUGAUUGGGAACAAAACUGAAAACAGGAACUCAAAACAAACACUAUCUGAAUUUUUCAAUGCUAUGGAAACCAGUUUGAAAUUGAACUACAAGAAUGUCGUAUCUCUUAAUUUGAACAAAGCUCCCACUUCGGAAUAUUUGGAUAAGCUUCAGAAAAUAUUGGGUGUUGUGAAAUUGGAAAAUAUUGACAACAAAAUGGUCGCUGAUUUGUAUCUAAAUGAAAAUAAUUUGGAAGAGCUACGAACGCUUAUCAGAAACGUUCAUCAAAUUAGCUAUCCUAUUGAGAAGAUUCAGCGUUUGACUGUAGAAUGUCUCAAAUCUCUUGGAACCCAAACAACUACAAAUGUAGUUCGAGAAGGUUUAGGUGUUUUCUAUACCAACAUUGAUGAUGAAGAAGAACACAUGGCGACAUCACACCCCAUUGUGCCAAUGGUUACCAUCCUCAACAAUGGAACAGAUACUGAUUUGGAUCCUUCAGACACAUACAUAGUUCUAAUACCAGGCUUUGAAGGCCGGCACCAGACUUUAGAAACAAUUGCGGAAAGACUGAAGGUCCAAGCAGUGGCUGUCCAGUUGGCUUGCGAUAUUGAAGGAAAUAAUAUUCCCGAGAUGGCAGCUACGGUUCGAAAGUUCAUGAGUACGAAGUUUGAGACGAAAUCCAAAUUUUACCUCCUUGGGUAUUCCUUUGGUGUAAACAUUGCAUUAGAGCUAGCAGCUUUAUUGGAAAAAGAAGGACACGUUGGAAUUGUAUAUUGUUUAGAUAGCAGUCCAGAUGUUUUAAAGAUACAAUUAAAAACUUAUCUUGGAGAUGUAUCAGACUCAAUGUUACAAAACACUAUUCUGGAACAUAUGUAUACUCUUAUGACUGGAAAUGAAAUACGAACAAUAACUCACGAAUUGGAGAAAGCUAUGUCAUGGUCAGAUAAGGUUGAUAUUUGCAUGAAAAAUAUGAUUGGAUUGGUUAAUUAUUCUAAUCAGUAUAAGAGAUCUAUUCUAGAAUCAGCAUACCAAAGAAUCUUAUUGGCUAAAGAGUAUGAACCAGAUUUGAAAUUGGAGUCUCAGUUAGUACUCAUGAAAGGAGUAUCACACCCAAAAGCAGAUAAUCUGGCUAGAGACUAUAGAUUAUCAAAAUACACUAAAAAACCUGUAAAAGUGUUCCAAUUAAAGUCCGAUCAUCCAUCAGCUCCAUAUGAUUGUCAAGUAUCAAACAUUGUAAACAAAUUGCUGGACAAAAACUUGCUCGAAGACUUUAAGAAGAAGAAUUUGUGUGAUUCAUAUAGAGUAGAGUAA